UUUUACAACACCAAUCUGCAGCAUCUCUCUGCAAUUCACCUUCAUCUCCAUCCCAAGCUCCAUAAAACACCGUCAAAAAAUCCAACGGUAGAAAAUGGUCUACACAUACACCCCAGCUUACUACUCUUCUCUACAUGACACAAUCACCUCUCUGUGCAAGACCAUCCUCCCAUUUUCUCUCAAGAAGCGGCGAUUGCCGGCCCUCGCUGCAGAGCAGAAGCUUGCCAAGCAACAGUCAGAGAACCUCAAAUGGCAGCAAGAAUCGUUCCAUCGGAUACUCAACUUGAUUGGUCUCCACAAGGAAGGAAUCUUGGCUGAAAAUGAGGUAUCGGCCUACCGGUCCCACCUCCUUGAUACACUCAUCGCUUCUCCGGCCGAUCAGGAGCAGCCCGUAAUCGUCCGAGACAAGUUGCUGUUUCUGCAGGAGUUGUUCCACGCGAAAUGCAUUUCUGCAGAUGAGUACCAUGCUUCAAAGAGGCCUCUGCUGCAGAGGCUAGCCGUCCAAGGAGCAACAAUUGAUUGCAGAGAUGUGAUCAUCGUGGGGUCCACAACCCCCGAAGACGAAUGGUCAGUGAUUGAGCUUAAGGAUGAACAAUGCUCGACCGAUAAAGAUACCACACCACUGAAGAGCAAUGCGAAGCAUCGGUCUCCAAUGAAACAGAUCAAAGGAGCAGUGACCAUGAUGGGCAUUCCCUCACCAUAUAAAUCAGGAAAAAACAAGGGAAAGAAGGGACUUGAACCCUUGUGCACGAUCGAUCUGAACCGCCCAUCUACUACUACAAGCCCAUUUUUGUCUUUCAAAGAAAACCCAUUUUGGGAAAGCCUACCAAAAGUUAAUGGAGACGAGAACGCGUCCAUUUUAAUGACUGAGAGCUCGCCGCCAGCAUCCAUCAAGACCGAGAAAGAAAGGGGCAUGGAUAAGGUGAAGAAAAAAGCCUUUCGUUCUCUGUUUCAGAAGGAGCAAAGUGAGGAGCCCGGCGAGGAUCUUGUACCGGGCACUGAUGAGAAAGUAACAAAAUCAGCGAAAAAACAAUGGAGUUUCGAUGGGUUCAAGAAAUGGAAGAAAAGUAGUUGUGAAGACGAAUUGACGAUGCCUUAUCUGCCUCCUGGGGAGAGGUCUGAUGAUGUCCCCUCAUCGGCUGAUUGCACACUCGUAGCCAGUCCAAUUGGGGAGGGUCCCAAUACAAAACUCAUUAAGAAGACGAUACAUUCAGAUGGAUCAGCAUCGGAUUUCUUCAUUGACAAGGUUUUGGGAGAUAACAUAAAGAAGGAGCUGUCGCGGAUUCAGACGGAACUGUGCACCUCAAAUCCAAACCUCAGUUUCUCGAAUGAACAAAUCGAUGCGAUCUCGACCAGGCUUCCCGUCGAUAAAGCCGACCUGAAAAAGUUCUUCCCCAAGUCAUGGUGUGAUAGGUACGGCGACAUUGUGUUGGAUGUCGUGAAAAAGGAGUUCAAAGAUCAUGUUGGUGAGAUGGACUCCUUGCGAAAUGCUGCCAGAGAGAAAAAUAAUAAUUCAGCAGGGUGGGUGGCAUUCGACGAUAAAAAUGACGAGAACUUCCAUCCAAAUCUCUUCUACCAUAACAACCAAUGCCAAUCAAAACAACAGGCUCCUUUCAGCAAUCGAAAGGAAGAUAACUUCCACAGUAGUAACAGCGAAUGCUUUGUGAAUAACCCAUUCCACAACAAUAGCUAUGAGAAUCAGAAUCCUUUUUGGAAUCCACGGGGCUCAUCUAUGAUGGGUUAGAUGUAGCAAUGACUUUAUUUUCUCUGUCUCUUGAAGAGCUUUGGGAAUAAGGGGAUUCACAUGUUUAGUGAUGGCUUAUGCAUUAUGUAUAUGUAAUUGGGAGUGAGAUUCAUUGGGGCGUAUGUGUAGAAAACGAAAUUGUGUUUUUGGUGAAAAUAUGUUUAUGAAGUGAUAUUGUUUUUGAGAGUUUGUUGCCAGCAGUCGAUCAAGACUGUUCAUAUAGUGGGUCUUCACCAGUGGUUUAAAAAUUAAGCUCACAUCCGGACUGUUUAUUUAUGGCUGGAAGAUUUUCAA